AUGCCUUGGCUUCAGCCUAAGCCUCACCCGUACCCUCUGCCCCAGCCUCACCCGUACUCUCUGCCCCAGUCUCGUCCUUACCCUCUGCCCCAGCCUCACCCAUACCCUCUGCCACAGUCUCGCACUUACCCUCUGCCCCAGCCUCACCCGUACCCUCUGCCCCAGCCUCGGCCUUACCCUCAGCCCCAGCCUCGUCCUUACCCUCAGCCCCAGUCUCGUCCUUACCCUCUGCCCCAGCCUCACCCGUACCCUCAGCCCCAGCCUCGCCCUUACCCUCAGCCCCAGCCUCGUCCUUACCCUCAGCCCCAGCCUCACCCGUACCCUCAGCCCCAGCCUCGUCCUUACCCUCAGCCCCAGCCUCACCCGUACCCUCAGCCCCAGCCUCGUCCUUACCCUCAGCCCCAGCCUCGUCCUUACCCUCAGCCCCAGCCUCCUUACCCUCAGCCCCAGCCUCACCCGUACCCUCAGCCCCAGCCUUCACCCGUACCCUCAGCCCCAGCCUCGUCCUUACCCUCAGCCCCAGCCUCACCCGUACCCUUACCCCAGCCCCAGUACCCUCAGCCCCAGCCUCAAUACCCUCAGCCCCAACCACCUUCCCUCAGCCCCAGCCUUUCCCCUCCCCUCAGCCCCAUCUUGUCCUUUCAGCCCCAGCCUCAAGUGACCCUCAGCCCCAGCCUCUCCUACCCUGACCAGCCCAGGUUGUACCCGUGA